UAACAAAUUCAAUAUCGUUAUAGAUAGAGACGAAAUUCCUUUGAUUUUGUUGCUAGCAACUGCCAGAAGUUCAAUUCAUUUUAGACGAUUAAAAUGACGCAUUUGCAACUUAAAGAGGGAGAAUAUACAUCGACAAUAUAUUCUUUGAUAAAAGACCAACGAUAUAAUGAUGCAGUUCAACUUCUUAGUAGUCAAGUACAAGGACACACAAAGUCCAGAGCUGCAUUGUCACUUCUUGGUUACUGCUACUUUCAAAUGCAAGAUUUUGUCAAUGCUGCUGACUGUUAUGAGGGACUGAGUAUGAUGCAUCCAGAAAUAGAGGAUUACAAACUUUACUAUGCUCAAGCCCUGUACAAAGCGUGUCUGUACACAGAGGCUAUGAAAGUGGCCUGUCAGAUUGAUAAUCCUCAGUAUCAAAGUCAGUUCCAUAGUAAAAUUAAAAGGGGAGAUCCUAUAACCAAAUUACAAGCUGCCAUUAAAUUUGGAGAGGAGGAUUUACCAGGAGCUAAGAGUUUGGUAGAGCAGUGCCCAUCAGAUGAUCCUGACACCGAGAUUAACCUGGGCUGCCUCCUUUAUAAGGACAAGAUGUAUGAGGAGGCCUGUCAGAAGUUUACCACAGCCAUGCAGAUCCUGGGCUACCAGCCCCAGCUGUCCUAUAACAUUGCUCUGUGUCACUACCAGAUGAAGCAGUAUGCCCCCGCCCUGAAACACAUCGCAGACAUCAUAGAGAGGGGUAUCAGGGAGCACCCAGAACUGAGUGUGGGGAUGACGACGGAGGGGAUAGACGUCCGGAGUGUGGGUAACACCCUGACUCUACACGAGACUGCUCUGGUGGAGGCAUUCAAUCUCAAGGCUGCCAUCGAAUACCAACUCAAAAACUUUGAUGCUGCCUGUGAGGCCCUGACUGACAUGCCCCCCAGGGCUGAGGAGGAACUGGAUGCCGUGACCCUCCAUAACCAAGCUCUGAUGAACAUGGAGCAGCACCCCACCCAGGGAUUCGAGAAGCUGCAGUUCCUUCUCCAGCAAAAUCCAUUUCCCCCUGAGACAUUUGGCAAUCUGUUGUUACUCUAUGUCAAAUACGAGUAUUUUGAUUUGGCUGCAGAUGUUCUUGCUGAGAAUUCUCACCUGACAUUCAAAUUUUUGACUCCAUACCUGUACGACUUUCUGGAGGCUGUGAUUACCAGCCAAACCUCUAAAGAAGAGGCCUACAGAAAACUGGAGGAGAUGGCAAAGAAUCAGACAGAGACGCUCAGUAAACUCACUAAACAGGUCCAGGAGGCUCGGCAAAACCAUGACGAUGAAGCGGUCAAGAGAGCGGUCAACGAAUAUGAUGAGGCCCUAGAGAGGUACAUACCAGUGUUGAUGCAACAAGCCAAGAUAUACUGGGACAUGGAAAAUUAUCCCCACUUGGAAAAAAUUUUCCGCAAGUCUGUGGAAUUCUGUAAUGAACACGAUGUUUGGAAGCUGAACGUUGCGCAUGUGCUGUUCAUGCAGGAAAAUAAAUACAAGGAGGCGGCAGGGUUUUAUGAACCUAUCGUCAAGAAGAACUACGAUAAUAUACUGAGCGUCAGCGCUAUCGUUCUAGCCAAUCUCUGCGUCUCCUACAUCAUGACCAGCCAGAAUGAGGAGGCUGAGGAGCUGAUGAGGAAGAUAGAGAAGGAAGAGGAACAGCUGUCAUAUGACGACUCAGAGAAGAAGAUCUACCAUCUCUGUAUUGUUAAUCUAGUCAUAGGGACUUUAUAUUGCGCCAAGGGUAACUAUGAGUUUGGAAUUUCCCGCGUAAUCAAGUCUUUGGAGCCUUACAAUAAAAAGCUAGGAACGGAUACAUGGUAUUACGCCAAACGCUGCUUCCUUUCUCUGAUAGAGAAUAUGGCCAAGCACAUGAUCAUGAUGAAAGACCAGGUCGUACAGGAGUGUAUUCAGUUCCUGGAGUGUUGUGAGAUGUAUGGAAAGGACGUAAAAGCCUUGAUCGAACAGCCAUUGGAAGCCGAACCAAUGCAUCCUGGGAAGAAUACUGUGACGUACGAAGCUCGACUACUGAAAAGUUUAUUGCUGCAGCUGAUCUAAGUCAGUUUUGCGUUUUUAGAGCUUAGAUCUCUGGAGAACAAUGAUAUAUUUAUAUGCAUUCUCCCGACGAGUGAAAUUCAAUAAAUGCUUUGUUACGAAACCA